CUACAAGUAGCCCAGUCCUGAGGACUCCUUCCAGAAGUUCUGCUGGGCUCUUGUGGAGCAAGUUUUUCGCAGCACGGGAACUGCACGGUGCCGGAGAGCUCCGGCAGCCGCCUGCCCCUUGGGACCCGGCCGCCUGGCCCGCUGACGGCGCUCUCUCGCCCCAGGUGCCCGCGCACGUGGCGAGCCGCCACACCAGGGGGCGUCCGGGGUGGGAUCCAUGAAGCGCAGCCUGAGGAAGAUGCUGCGCCCUGGGGAGAAGAAGGCGGCCCAGGGCGCUGUCUACCAGGGCGUGCAGGACCACAUGGACGACUCCAAGGAAUCGCUGAAGGUGGUUUUUGAAGGAAGUUCAUGUGCAUUGCAGAACUUUAUCAAGAAACAAAAGAAAUUAAGGAAAUAUGGUGAUAUGAAUGCCUCCCCUUUGCAUCAUGCUGCAGGAGAAGGUCAAGUUGAGCUGAUGCAGAUGAUUCUUAAUGAGUCCUCUUGUGAAGCGUUGAAUGUGAUGGAUGAUUGUGGAAAUACCCCUCUGCACUGGGCUGCAGAAAAAAACCAGGUUGAAAGUGUUAAGUUUCUUCUCAGUAGAGGAGCUAACCCAAACCUCCAAAACAGCAACAUGAUGGCACCCCUGCACAUAGCCGUGCAGGGAAUGCACAACAAUGUGAUGAAGGUCUUGACUGAGCACAGCAGUACUAAUAUUAAUUUGGAGGGAGAAAAUGGCAACACAGCUGUGAUGAUUGCAUGCACCAAAGAUAAUAAUGAAGCACUUCAGAUUUUGUUUAAUAAAGGUGCUAAGCCAUGUAUAUCAAAUAAAUGGGGAUGUUUUCCUGUUCACCAGGCUGCAUUUUCAGGUGCCAAAAAAUGUAUGGAAAUAAUAUUGAAGUUUGGUGAAGAACAUGGGUACAGCAGAGAGUCUCAUAUUAACUUUGUGAACAAUGGGAAAGCCAGCCCUCUCCACAUGGCUGUGCAAAGUGGAGACUUGGAAAUGAUCAAAAUGUGCCUGGACAAUGGUGCACACAUAGACCUGAUGGAGACUGGGAGGUGCACAGCCCUUCAUUUUGCUGCCACCCAGGGAGCCACUGAGAUUGUUAAACUGAUGAUAUCGUCCUAUUCUGGAGGCACUGAUAUUGUUAAUGCAGUUGAUGGACAUCAUGAGACCCUGCUUCACAGAACCUCAUUAUUUGAUCACCAUGAACUAGCAGACUAUUUAAUUUCAGUGGGAGCAGAUAUCAAUAGCAUCGAUUCUGAAGGACGUUCUCCGCUUUUACUAGCAACUGCUUCUGCAUCUUGGAAUAUAGUAAAUUUGCUACUCUCUAAAGGUGCCCGAGUAGACAUAAAAGAUCAUUUUGGACGUAACUUUUUGCAUUUGACUGUACAGCAACCUUAUGGAUUAAGAAAUUUAUGUCCUGAGUUUAUGCAGAUGCAACAUAUUAAAGAGCUGGUAAUGGAUGAAGACAAUGAUGGGUGUACUCCUCUACAUUAUGCAUGUCGACAGGGGGUCCCUGUUUCUGUAAAUAACUUACUGGGCUUUAAUGUGUCCAUUCAUUCCAAAAGCAAAGAUAAGAAAUCACCCCUGCAUUUUGCAGCCAGUUAUGGACGUAUCAAUACCUGUCAGAGACUCCUACAAGACAUAAGUGAUACUAGGCUUUUGAAUGAAGGUGACCUUCUUGGAAUGACUCCUCUUCACCUGGCAGCAAAAAAUGGACAUGAUAAAGUAGUUCAACUUCUUCUGAAAAGAGGUGCAUUAUUUCUCAGUGACCACAAUGGCUGGACGGCUUUGCAUCAUGCAUCCAUGGGCGGGUACACUCAGACCAUGAAAGUCAUUCUUGAUACUAAUUUGAAGUGCACAGAUCGACUAGAUGAAGAAGGGAACACAGCACUUCACUUUGCUGCAAGGGAGGGCCAUGCCAAAGCCGUUGCGCUUCUUCUGAGCCAUGAUGCUGACAUAGUUCUGAACAAGCAGCAGGCCUCUUUUCUGCACCUUGCCCUUCACAAUAAGAGGAAGGAUGUGGUUCUUACAGCCAUCAGGAGCCAAAGGUGGGAUGACUGUCUUAAGGUUUUUAGUCACUGUUCUCCAAGCAAUAAAUGUCCAAUUAUGGAAAUGGUAGAAUACCUCCCUGAAUGCAUGAAAGUACUUUUAGAUUUCUGUAUGAUACCUUCCACAGAGGACAAGUCCUGCCGAGACUACCAUAUCGAGUAUAAUUUCAAAUAUCUUCAAUGUCCAUUAGAAUUCACCAAACAAGCAGCACCUACCCAGGAUGUUGUAUAUGAACCUCUUUUAGCCCUCAAUGCAAUGGUACAACAUAACCGCAUAGAGCUUCUCCACCAUCCUGUAUGUAAGGAAUAUUUACUUAUGAAAUGGUUGGCUUAUGGAUUUAGAGCUCAUAUGCUGAACCUAGGUUCUUACUGUCUUGGUCUAAUACCUAUGACGCUCCUUGUUGUCAAUAUAAAACCAGGAAUGGCUUUCAACUCAACUGGAAUCAUCAAUGAAACUACUGAUCAUUCAGAGAUAUUAGACACCACGAGUUCAUAUCCAAUAAAAGUUUGUAUGAUUUUGGUUUUUUUAUCAAGUAUACUUGGGUAUUGCAAAGAAGUGGCUCAGAUUUUCCAGCAGGAAAGGAAUUACUUUUGGGAUCAUAACAAUAUCGUUGAAUGGAUUAUCUAUACAACAAGCAUCAUUUUUGUACUGCCCUUGUUCAUUAAUAUACCAGCUUAUGUGCAGUGGCAAUGUGGAGCAAUUGCUAUAUACUUCUAUUGGAUGAACUUCUUAUUGUAUCUUCAAAGAUUUGAAAAUUGUGGAAUUUUCAUUGUUAUGUUGGAGGUAAUUUUGAAAACUUUGUUGAGGUCUACAGUCAUAUUUAUGUUCCUUCUUCUGGCUUUUGGGCUCAGCUUUUAUGUCCUCCUGAAUGCACAGGAUGCUUUCAGCUCUCCAUUGCUUUCUAUAAUCCAAGCCUUCAGCAUGAUGCUAGGAGAUAUCAAUUAUCGAGAUGCCUUCUUAGAACCAUAUUUGAGAAAUGAGUUGUCAUAUCCAGUGCUGUCCUUUGCACAGCUUAUUACCUUCACCAUUUUUGUCCCAAUUGUCCUCAUGAAUUUACUUAUUGGUUUGGCAGUUGGUGAUAUUGCUGAGGUCCAGAAACAUGCAGCAUUGAAGAGGAUUGCUAUGCAGGUGGAACUUCAUACCAGCUUAGAGAAGAAGCUGCCACUCUGGUUCCUACGCAAAGUGGAUCAGAAAUCCACCACUGUGUAUCCCAACAGACCCAGAAAUAGUGGGAGGUUAUUUCGUCUAUUUUGUUAUAUUUUUUGUUCCAAUGAAACAAGACAAGAAAUACCAAAUACUGACACGUCUUUGGAAAUGGAAAUAUUAAAGCAGAAAUAUAGGAAGACAACGUGUGCCUUCAUGCUGACUAAUUCCUGUUAGUUGAGUGAUCCUGAAUAUGUUUCUAUAUCUUUAAAAUGGUAAUAAUAGAGUAAACGCCUUAUGGU